UACGACCGGUCGCACGGGCUCGAAUCUGCAGAGUGGUUCUAGCAGUCAACGGUGACAGAUACAGUUGAGUGACACUCGGGAAUGAAAGUUUUCGCUGUUCGGUGGUAAUCGUCCCGUAGAAUAGUGUGCGCGACACGAUGGAUUCAUCCGGUAGGAAAGCGCUACUGCUGCUGCUGGUGCUGUUACUAGGGAAAACGGUGCGGACGCAGAACUCGAUCAACAGGCUGCGGGGCAACAUACUGAAAAAUUUAACCGGAACGCAGGAAUACGAGAACCAUAUUGUGACGAGCAAGCUGGAUGCUUCGAUGCCGAUUCGCAUGUUUUAUCGGGGCUUUCGCGAGGUGUACAACCGGCUGCUGGGGCCAACCGGGGGCCGAAUGCAGGGCGCCUUUCUGCAGUCGCAUGUGAUGCCGAAUGUGCCGUUUCCGUGCGAUACCAAGGGCUACCGGAGCCGGCAGGUUCCGACCAGUGUUCAUAAAUUGAGACCGGGUGAUAUCGACAUAAUCUCCGCCAUCGGAGAUUCACUGACGAGUGCCACGGCUGCGAAUUCGGUCGCUCUGUGGGAGCUAUUGAUUGAAAAUCGGGGAUUGGCCUGGUGCAUCGGCGGUCAGGGGACUUGGCGCACUCAUCUCACGCUGCCGAACAUUUUGAAGGAGUUCAAUCCGAAACUAUUUGGAUACUCGCUGUUCGACUCGUACAAUGUGCAUCACUCGGCUCAGUUUAACGUGGCGGAAAAUAUUGCUACCACCACCGAUAUGCCCUACAAUGCGGCUAAGCUGGUGGAAAGGAUGAAAAUAGAUCCGAGAGUUCGAUGGGAAAAGCACUGGAAACUGCUGACUUUCAUGAUCGGUGGUAACGACUUCUGCUCGGAUGUGUGCUACCAAACAAAUGCUACCGAGUGGAUCAACGAGGUACAGGAAAAAUCCUUAAUUAAAACAUUGCAGUAUUUGAGGAACAACAUGCCGAGAACAAUCGUCAACUUAGUUCCCUCCCCACUCAUCAGUCUCUCGUUUUCAAUGGACAAAGCACAGCUUCCCUUUUCCUGCAAGCUGACGCGACCGAUCGAAUGUUCCUGCCUCUUCGGACCGCGUUAUUCGGAUCGCCGAAAUCUAUUCCGUCAGUUGGAGCGAAAGUUCGUUGCCAUCAUGGAACGUGUUAGUCACAUGACAGAAUUUCACAGUGACGGUUUCACGGUUGUGUAUCAACCGUUCUUCAAGGAGGCCAGCGUGUUUUACCGCCACGACGGCCGACCGGAUUUAUCGAUUAUGUCGAUCGACUGCGUUCAUCUGAGCCAAAAAGGACACGCCGUGUCCGCGAACGGACUGUGGAAUAAUAUGAUGGAACCGACGCGAGCGAAAUCCUUGGGACUGAGGGAUCUGUUCGAGCAGUUCAAGUGCCCAUCGGAACAGAAUCCGUACAUUCGGACGUAUUACAAUAGCUGACUGUAGGUUUCGGAGACACAAUAAAGUUGCUGUUAUGUUUUGUUAUGUUAUGGUAACAACGACUUUUAUUUAUCAGUGUAAC